AUGCUGAAGAUUGCCUCGCUUCUGCUCGUCGCGCUCUCGGCGUCUGCCCUGCCGGCUGAGCCUACACCGCGUGCGCAGGCCAACACCGUCCACGACGUCAAGCCAGCCGCUCGCGGCCUCGCCUUUGCGCCCAAGCCCUCUCCCGUGCCCGACGUGGUCGACGACCCCGCCUGGCUGAUCGCCACCUCCGGCUUCUGCUCGAACCUCAACGUCGUGAUGAAGGAGCGCGACGUCGAGGCGAGCGAGACGGAGGGCGAUACCGCGGCCCACUUCAUGGCCGACAUAUCCUUCAACUACUACCCGCAGACGGCGGUCAAAUUCACCGACUUCCCGCACCACCUCGCAAAGACCAUCGAGGGCGACGCGGCAGAGGCGGACGCGCUGGUCUCGAGCGCGUGGGAUCACAAGAACAUCGCGCUGCUCGAGCCGACGUCGACGUGCGGCCCGGAGCAGGGCGAUCAGGCUUGGGGCAUCUCCGUCUUCAAGGUGGAGGAGCACCGGCACUGCAGUGACGGCGAGACUGCGUGGGAUGGACACCCGUGCGUGCACUACUCCGGCUACGUCUCGGCCGCUACGUCCAACUUUGUCAACGUGAAUGAGGGGCGGUUCGUCUGCCAGCUGUUUGUGGACAGCAACACAGACAAGCUUUCCGAAGAUGCGCUCCGUCGACAGUUGAAAGACGUCCCGAUUGUGCUGUGCAAGACGAUGGCUUCGUUUCCACUGUACUGCAUGAGGGUGGGCGACUUCCUCGCGCUAGAAACUCUGCGUUCUCAUGAAGACCUCUUGGUAAAAGGGCUCAUCAUGCGCGCCGACCGAUUGGAGGCGCCGUCAAUCAACUUCGUUAGCCACCAGUGGAUUUCGACUCGCCAUCCCGAUCCGGACUCGGUACACCUGCGGACGAUGCAGGAAGUCUUCAGGCGCGUCAUCAGAGGCGAGAACAUUUUCGCCGAUGACGAUGUCGCCGCAAAGUUUCUCACCGGUCGGUCGCGCGCUCGCUCGUCCUCGAGUGACGUCCUCACUACGCGAGAGCGGACGUUCGAGGAGUUCCAGCGCUCAGUGUCGGAGGGUUGGGUUUGGCUGGAUUACUUCUCCGUCCCGCAAAAGGCAGGGGCGGAGGAGGAGCAAGCGAAGGCGAUUACCUCCAUCCCCACCUACGUCGCGCAGGCCUCUAACUUCUGGGUGUGCACUCCGUUGGGUGUGCGCCGCGAGAGUGGCCACCAAUGCAAUUUCGACACGUGGUUGAUGCGCGGUUGGUGCCGGAUGGAGGCGCUGGCGCUUGACUUGACCCGCAUGAGCGAAGGGCGGCCCAUCUACUUGACACACCAUCUAGGCGAGGAGCCGUCGGCGUCGACGCAGUGCUUCCACGACCGCCUCAACCUUGGCUGGCAACGGCGCAAGGCCGUGCUCACGGGCGACUUUGCGAGGCUGAGCGACCGCGAGGGCCUUCACGCCGUGAUUCGCGAGCUCUACCAUAGCGCAUUGGACUCCUUGCGCUCCGUGUGGGAGCCCCUGGUCGAGUCAGGCGAGUUGCCGCGCCCGAUGUGGGAGCGGUACAUCGCGAGCGCCGACGGCGCGGACGGAGGCGCGUACCACUCAUUCUUCCUGCUCGUGGGGGCCGAGGCGUACAUCUUCGCCGACUUGGCCGACGAGGAGCACGACCAGAGCUACUGGGAGGGCGCGCUGGACGGCUCCGAGGACGCCGUCAAGGCGUGGCUGCUGCAUCGCGGCGAGUACGCCUGGCCGCCGGACGAGUGCUGGGCUUGGUACGCCGCCAUCGUCGGCAAUUUGGCGCUAUUUCGCUUCUUGAUCGAGGAGUUGGGCUUCGACAUCGGCGCUGUCAACAAGUACGGCAUGACGCCUCUCACGAUUUCAGCCAAUUGGGGCAACAUAAGUCUGGUGCGCUACAUCGUCGAGCGGACGGAUGCGGCGCACGUGCUCUACAAAACACCGGGCCUUGGGCUUUCCGCCGUCGGCGUCGCAGCGAAGAAUGGCCACCACCGAACGUUGUCGUUUCUGCUGCAGAGCAAGGCCGACGUGGAGGUGACGCGAAACGACAACCAGAGGACUCCAUUGCACGAAGCAGCUGCCAACGGCAACGAAGAGUGCAUCCGCCUGCUUCUGGGCGCGGGAUCGAGCACCGCGGCGCGGGACGGCGCCGGCUUUACCGCCGCGGAAUUGGCCGGAAAGUACGGCGCGAUGAAGGAAGACGCGGAGCGAGUGAAACUGGCAAGAUUAUUUGAAUGCUAG